AUGGAGACCCGUCAGGACUGCUGCCACAGUUUCAACAGGAUGCUGAGUCCCAGAGCCGAUGAGGACCAGCAACAACAGCACGGUGGGAAUGCAAUGGUCCUGAUGCCUGGAGAGGAAGGAGGCAAGAAAGGGCUUGUACAGAGCGAGCUUGCUCAGGGUGCGCUUUAUCAGGGCGAGCUUGCUCUGGGUGAACGUGCCCCAAUCAAGCCUGCUCAAGAAGAGCUUGCUCAGUCCAGUCUUCAUCAGGAAGCCACAGGAGUGGUAGAGGAGGGAGGAAACGAAGAAGAAGAAAUGGAAGGAGGCCAUACUGACUAUGGAAGUUCUGGCCCCAUACACAAGGGGAUCCACGAGGAAGGUGCUCAUGGAGGCGGUGUUCAGCAGCCUCAGCAAGAGGCGGUAAUGCCUGAGGGCACCAAGAGUCUCCAGGCUGGGGACAGGCUGCCUUCCCGGCGUCGCAUCAGAUUCACCCUGUCUCAGCUGCAGAAACUGGAGCGUCUUUUCCAAGAGACUCGCUACCCCAGCUUGCGAGCAAGGUAA